GUUUUCGGACGACAAAUUCUGGGUAGCUCGUGAAAGAACAGCAAAGAGAUGCCCGGUCGCAAGGCACUAGAACGGUUUUCGUCCCCUAAAUAUGCUUGUCCAGACUAAUGCAGCUGAUGAGAUACUUGCCUUUUUCUGCUCACGAUUGACUGUUUGAGGCCAGUAGCCUCCUGACUGAUUAGACACAAUGCAGAAAAGACAAGGGUAUUGCAGCUAUUGCCGUGUGCAGUACCCUAACCUGGAGCAGCACUUGUUUAGUGCUCAGCACAGAAGCCUGACCAGACAAAGCAGACGUCGGACAACUACCAAUAACAGUCUGAUGGAGCGCUUCUUGCAGGAUGUCCUGCGACACCACCCCUACAAUUAUCAAGACAGCAGAUCUGCACCAAAUGAGGCAGCAGCAAAUCCUGAGUCACCUGAAGUCGUUGUUUUGGACGACUCUGAUGAGAAAGAUGAUGACACUGCAGAAAGCACUGGAGAGAGAGACUCCGAGGAUUCGGCAUCUGUGGAAGAGAUAGAUUACAGACCUGGUCCUUCCCAGGAAUGCGCAGAGGCAGCAGUUCGACCAUCAGUUAUUCAAAAAUUGGAGCGGGGGCAGCAGCAGUCCUUGGAGUUGCCUCAUAAAGUUGAGAGUGGUGUGAAAAAAGCUAAUUCAGUCGGUGUUGUUCAGGCUUCAACUAGUGGAAAAAAGUUAGUGCGUCCCCCAGUGAUAUGUAAUGCUCCUGCCAGCUCUUUGCCUAGAGGCUCUUUCGAGAGACCAGUUGCGGCUAACAAUGUUCCUCGGUUAGUACUGGCAGUUGCUUCAGAUUCCUUUCCAGCUUGUGACACAGAGAACCUUGAAACAUACUUUGACCCCCCAGAUCAGGGCUCUAGCAAUCCAUCACCUCAACCCAAAACUAAAGAUCCAAAAAAGAAACCUUUAAGUAUAAAUUUAGACAAAUUGCUUGCACAGAGAAAUCUCAGAGCUAAGGGUGCAUCUUUUUCCCCUGUGGUACGAGUGCGUGAGCUAACAGCCUCUGAGCUUUGUUCUGUAAGAGCUGAGUCUUCUGAGUUAGGGGCAGGUACAGCAGGAAACCCGAGUGAGACUGACACACCACCAGCAGUAAACCGUGAAGGUGCCAUUCCAAAGCGUCGUGAGGCAUCUCGUUCAAAUAUGGUUCGUUCCCAAGAAGAAACACGCUUGGUUAUUAACAAGCCAACACUUGUGAAACAGAAGCGCUCAGUGAUUUCUGAAGUGAAGCUAGAUCGUGGCUCUUCUCAUCCAACACCUGGUCAUUCCCAAGGUGCUGUACACGACUUAAGUCUUUUGGAGGAGGAAGAAGAGGAAGAAGAGGAGGAGGAAGAGGAGGAAGUUGACCAAGAAGAUGAUGAGAGCUAUGAAUCCAGAGGUUCUGAUAUGAGUUUUGAUUGUGGGUCCUCUUGUCAGUCACUGAGUGCCCUGUCUGACCUGACCACCAGAGAAAUAAGCUUGUCAGAAGAAACACAUGCUGAUGCACAACCUGGGGAUGAAGCACCCACUGUUUCUGGGGCAACUUCACAUAACUACAGCACUUCUCGUCAGGUGGCUACCAACCACUCUCAGGUGAUUACACAGAACAUACAGCUCAUUAGUCUGGUUGAUGAAAGCUAUGAGUCUAGUGGCUCUGAAGUGAAUUUUGAUGGUGAUGACUCACUUCCAUCAACUAGUCACCGUCCCCAACAGCCUGUGAGAGCAAGCCUCCCUACACAGAUGCCCUGCCGCUUGGUUGACAGCUAUGGAAGCGGCAGCUCUGAACCAUGUGAGGAUUCUGGGUCCUCCGCUGAUGAGACUCCGGCAGCGGCAGUAGCAGCAGCAGCAGCAGGACAACAAAAACCUCUGGCGAAUGCCCACGCACACCUGGUUGAUGAGAACUACGGGUCAGGCAGCUUCAGUUCUGACAGCGAUGCGGUCCUGGACCGUCCCCAAAUGCCUGUUCAAGAAAGAAGCCCGAGAGACACCGCUGCCCAAGAGGAGGAACAGCAGCCCAGUAGUGCCGAAGCACGUCUUGAACAUGAUGCUUCUCUGGAGGCAGUGGCUGAUGUACCCCAGAGAGAAACAGAAGAAAUAAACCUUCUGACCCAGAAUACCAGCCGUGGGGAUAUGAACUGUGAGUCUCAUGGUCCUGAAAUGGGUUUUCAUGCUGAUGCUCAAUUAGAGGCUGAUCAAUCUCCAGUAAAUCCCGAGGAAGUAGAUCUUGACCUAGAAAAUCAGAGUGUUCACUCUGGCAUUUCUAAUCUAAGCUCUGAUUCCCAUGCUUCUUAUCAGUCAGCUAAUGGUCAACCUCAAGGGGCUUGGGGAGAAGUAAAUCUUGAUGAGUUAAAUGUCGACAUGGAAGUUAAGAGCGAUGGGUGCUCCAGUUCUGAGUUGACAUUUGAUUCCGAUUCCCCUCUUCUGUCAGUUACUGAGCGGUCUCUGCUGGAUGUUGAAGGAAUAAACGAAGAUGACUUUAACCUGGAAGAUGAAAGCUGUGUGUCAAGUAGUUCUGACAUAACUUUUGAUUCUGAUAUUCCCGAUGACUCAGUAGCUGACCAACCUCAAGUAGCUGUUUAUGAGGAGGAACCUGUUGAUCUGGAAAAUAAGAGUAAUGAAUCUUGUGUUUCUGAAAUAACAUAUGAUUCUGAUAUUCCUCUUCAUUCAGGAAAUGAUCACCCUGAAGUAGCUGUUAAAGAAGUAAUGAUUCAGGAAGAAGAAAACGUUCACUUAGAAGGGAAGAAUGACAGUCCCAGUGGUUCUGAACUAUGUUUGGAUUCUAAUGCCCCUCUUCAUUCAGUGACUAAUCCUGAAGUAGCUGUUAAAAAGAUAAAAACCCCCAAAGAAGAGCAGGUACAUAUAGAACAAAAGGAAAAUGAACCUACUGAUUCUGAACUAAACUCAAAGCCUGCACGCUCUGAAGAGCCCAUUAUCUUACGUAUUUCUAAAACAAGAUUGAAUUCUCACGCCCCCUUUCAGUCAGUAAUUUGUAAAUGUGAAGUAGUUGUCAAAAAUGCAUGCCUUCAAAAAGAAAAACAGGCUGAAUCACCAAGUAAAAGUACAGAAUCUCAUUCUGAAGUAAGUUCAGCUUCUACUGCUUCUCCUCCAGUGACAGAACCUUAUGUAGGUAAGAAAGCAAAGAGAAAGACAAAGCAUCUUGAAGAAGUCAAGAGUGAUGAUGAAUAUGGUGGGUCUCAACCAACCUUCAAUUCUGAUGUUUUUCCUCGGUUAAUGACUGAAAAACCUCAACCAGCUGCUUUGAAAGUAGGCCAUGCUGACCCAAAAGAUGAAAGUACUGAGCUUAGAGGACCUGAGGUAAAUCAGAAUACUGCUGGUUGUCUUGAUUCAGUCAUUAGCCAAUCUCAGUUACCUACAGAGGAAAACCGUGUUGAACUGAAAGACACAAAUGGCAAACCUAGUGAUACGAAAGCAAGUGCUGAUGCUGCCGGCCAUUUUCACUCACUGCCUAAACAAGAGCAUGAUGUGAUUACAAAAAUGAACGAGUGGAAAAAAGAGGCAAAGGUCCUUGAAAAGAAGAUCAGUGAACUUAUUUAUUCAAAAUUAAUACAUGAUUCUAAUGUUUCUUUUCGUUCUGCAAUGGAUCAACUUGAACUAGCUCUUAAACAAAUAAAUCUUGAUAGUAAUGAUCAAACGUCCUUGGAAGAUAACAGCCAAGAUACCUGUUCUGAAACAAAUUUGGAGUCUAAUAUCUCGGUUCAGUCAGUAGUUGAACCACCUGAAGUGACUGUUUUGGAGCCCGAACACGUUGAGCUAGAAGGUAGGAAUGAUGAGUCUUGUGAUUCUGAAGUAAGCUUUGAUUCUAGUGACUCUUUCCAGCCCGAGGCUGAUGGGCAUAGCGAAAGUGGUGAAAAGAGAAGUCAGAAGGAUGAAGAUUGUCACCUGGAAGGUAAGAGGGAAGAAGCUCAGGGUUUUGGAAAUUUGUGUGAUUCCAAUGUCCCCCAGCUACUGGCUAGCCAAACUGAAGUAGUUCAGGAGACCAGCCAUUGGAAAGAACAUGUAGAUUUGGAAGAUAAGAUUGUUCAAUCUAGUGACUCAAAAAUAAACUUUCACUCUGAUGAACCGCUUCAGUCUGUGACUAAUACAGCCCAAGAGCCUGUUCAAGAAAUAAAUUUACCGAGGGGACAUGGUAGUCCCAGUGAUAAUGGCUGUGAGCCCUGUGGCUCUGGAAUAGUUUCUGUUUCAAAUGUCAUUUUUUGCUCAGUGAUUCAGAAACCACAACGUCUACAAAAAGAGUGUACCAGUUUGAAAGUAAAGAGCAGCAAUCGUUGUGGUCCUGAAGUUCGUGUUGUUCCCCGUGACAAUCCUGAAAUGCCUUUUGAUUCCAGUGAUCCAUGUCAGUCAGUAGCAGGGCAUCUUCAAAAACCUGUCAAAGAAGUGAACCUGAAGGAAGACCAUAUUUACCUAGAAGAUAAGAGCUACAAGCUAGUUGAUUUUGAACCAACUUAUGAUUGUGAUGAUCCUGUGCAGUUUGUGACAGAUCCAUCUGUGGAGGAUGUGUCUAUCAAAGAAGUACACCUGCAAAAGGAGAGUCAUGUUGACCUAGAAAAUGAGAACUUUCAGCCAUGCUAUUCUGAAGUAACAUACAAUUCUGGUAUUCAUCUGCAGUCAGAAGUUGACCCACCUCAAGUGGCUUGCAAGGAAGCAGACCUUGAGAAGAAAGGACUUGACAUAGAAGACAAGUGCAGUGAAUCUUGUGAGCCUGAAGUGGUCUAUGACUCUGAUGUCUCUUUUCAGAUAGUAGUUAACCAGCUUCAAACUUCAGACGGAGAAGCAGAUCCACCACAGGUGGUGUUUGUGGAUGUGGUGUCCAGUGACAGUGACUGUGAUCGGGAAGUCAUUUCUGAUGCCAGUAUUCCUCUUCAUCUAGGAACUGAGCCACCUCAGAUGACUGUCAAAGAAAGCAGUGAGAUAAACCCAGAUUCUGUUGGUUCUGCGGCAGUAGAAAAGUACUACUGUAAAUUCUGUGGUUGUGAUUAUGAAGCCUUUCAGUCACUGACAAACCAAUCCAAGGAAAGUUUUAAAAUAAUAAAUCGAAAGAAUGACUAUAUUAUUCUGGGAGAUUCCACUUGUCCAUCUUGUGGUCAUGAACUCAGUUUCAAUGUUGAUGUCUCUGAUCAGCCCACUACUUCCCAGUUACAAGGGCCUGGUCGUACUUAUACUGUCCCAGAAAAUAGGAGCUAUGGAUCUAAUUGUCUUAAAAGGAAUUAUAGUUUUGAAGACACUACUCAGCCAAUGACUCACCAACUACGGGAAAGUGGUGAAGACAUCAAUCUGUGGAAAGAUCCAAAAAAUGUUGUCUUUCAAGAUAGGGGCUGGGAAGCCACUAGUUUUGCAGCAGACCGUGCUGCCUAUGCUGUGUCAGUGAUCCGCCAAACAGCUGUGCAGGACAACACUUUGACAUUAGCAGACACAGUUCUGUCUGUUAGCCCUAACUCUUACGGAUCUGAGCUGAAUUUUCAGUACAAUUCCUCGCUUCAGUCUGACACUGAUCAACCUCAACCUGCUAAAAGAACACGCCAGCGUAAGAGGGUAACAUUUGACUUGAGAGUAACUAAGUAUGAAUAUCCACCAAACCCUUUGUACUGCAUGGAAGAAGCAGAAAAGGUUGCAGAAGGUGGUCCUAAUGAACUGGCUCAUGAAGCCUCACCUCAGGACCCUCCUUCAGAUGUUGGAAAAACAUGUUCUCAGAUGAGAGAAGAUGAUGUGAAAACAAACACACAGGAUUUUCAAGGCCAUCACAGUGACUGUGAUGGCAGCUCUGAGACCCAGAAUGUUUUUUUGGGUGAAGAAGGAAAGACUACCUCGUCUGACCUUAAUCAGAACAAUUCAACAUCAAUUCAAUAUGUUGAAGGCCAAGUUGGAGACACUGGUGACUUUUCAGUGACCUUAGGUAAGCCAUCUCAUUCCCCAGCAGAGGGCCAUCACCCGGAACAUGGGCAUGGGGCAUAUCAGAACCAGGUAAGAGGAGUCAGAUGUGGAACUCAAGCAAGUUCUGGGAAGAAGAGGAAAAUGCCAGAAGAAGAUGAUGAGGAUUCACCAAAAAGGAAGCAUUUCCAAUAUGAUAGCCAGAAAAAAAAAAAAGCCGAAACGGAGACAACUGAGUUACCUGCCCCACAAGCCCAAGUUUUAGAGCCUGUACAGCCUGAUUCCUUGGUCUACAUAUUUUCUUCUCUAAGUAUGAAGGAAGAUCAGUCUUUGAACCCACCCAAAACGAAGCGUGGCAGUGGCAGUGAUUUACGAUUCAUAUACAGUUGUAAAGAGCAUACCUUUUCUGGCCCACUACGUAAGAAAACUGUGAUUAAUCCUCCACAGAACCUAAAGGUACCAGACUUUGACAGACAUGAGGUAGUUGGCACUGAUCUUAAAAGGCGUGAUUCAAGGUCCAAUGCAGGAGAGAGUGGUGCCAACAGACAAAACUUGGCUUCAACAUCUUCAGUGACAAUGCCAAAAAGAUCUGUGUUAAGGUUCUAUGGGACCAGUCAGUCUUCACUUCUAAAAAAAUCAGAUGUGGGUACUACUGAAGUUCUAAAGGAUACUUUCCAGCAGACUCUUGUAAAAUGUGACAGUGCCAGAAAAUUUCCCAGAUCAGUUGGAAAGGGCUCUUUUGAAAGUAAAAGUGAAAAGAAGUUUUGGAAAAAGAAGUUGGUUGUAGCUGCAAGUACAGCAUGCUGUAUCAAAAAUGCUUGUAAAACAAUGGUUCUUCGGAAAAAGACAAGACUAGCUUCAGAAAAACUGGCUAUUUGGGUUCAGAUGAAAGCAACCGACAUCAUUAGGAAGUAUGUCUCUAGAUGUCAUGGUACCGUGCGUCGGAGACAUCAGUCAAAGACUGUUCUUAUUAGAAUGCAACUGAGGAAGAAGAAAAUAGUUGCCAGGAAGAUAAAGGAGGCCAAGAGAGCAGCUGAAGCACUUUCGAGCCCUGCAGUCCUCCCAGCUGUUGCUCAAGAGGAGCAGAGUCCUCCUGCAGGGCCUGCAGAACAACCUGCUCCUCUUCCCGAUGCUUCGGGAGUAAAGAGCUAUCGGAAAACUUACUACCGCAGAAAGAAGAGACUGCUUCCUGUGAGAGAAUAUGACCUGAGAAGUUUGAGUGCCACACCAAGUACCGACAGGAUGGUGACACGGCUUGCAAGCAAAUCCAGAAGUAAUGAGGCAAAAUAAAAGUGCAUGUCUUAGCAGAUGGAGAGCGCAGUCCUUCACUGAGAUGAAACACAUUGGAGACUUGAGUGCACAUGCUUUUCCCAGCUUUGGUGGGGAAAAUGACCUCACACUAUUUUGCUACAGAUUUUAUUUUUCAGAGAUUUUAUAUUAAUUUAAAAUUAGUGUUUAGGGUCCUUUUUUUUUUCUUUUAAAGAUUUAAAAGCAACCUUUGUCCCAUAUCUGUAGAAGAGCUUCAUCUUAAUUUGUCUUAUAAUUUAGCAUACCGUAUAGAAUUUUGUCCCUUAAAUUAUGUUCAUAUUAAUUUCCUCUAAAAAUCUUUUGUGCCAAACAGUUAUAAUACUGGGAGAGUGAACACAGCAAAGUUAUUAAUGUCAUUUUUUAAACAAUUGGGACAGAUGUACUUAAUUAGUUACCAUGUUUCUGAGUUGAAUCAUCAAUAAGUAUUCUAACUGGAUAAUAAAAAGAGUGACAUUGUGCUAUCUCAAUUCUCGACUAUGACUGACUUAAAUGAUCACAAGAAUAUAGUUUUUUUUUCUUUUAAAGGCAUUCCAUAAAAU